UUUUCGACCUUUUUUUACUGCAGAAUUUUAAGCCGAAAAUAGUUUUAUUAGAAAGAGCUCAUUGGAUUAUGUUUGAUGGUGAAAAAAUCUCGAUGAUUUAUCCGAGCAAACUGUAUUUUCACAGGGUCGAAAAAUCACUGUUAGUAGGCAUAGGGACCCGUUGGGCCAGGUAUUCGUUAAUUAUCGAUGGAAAAACAUUAUUUUGUUCAAAAGCUUUUCAUAUAUUCUGAUAGAGAAAAAGAUUCUGCGUCGGAUGAGUCUAUUCUCAAAGAGUUUUAGACGGAUAUUAAUGACCGUAUUGGCCAAAAACUGGUUUUUAGGUCUAUCUUAAAGGCUCAAGAUUUUUCUUAUUACUCGACGAAUUUUGAAAAAUAAUACAAUAUUCAUAAUCAGCACACAGAGAUCUAUCGAAUUUUAAAUACCACAAAUUAAACGAAGAAAAAAAAAGUUUUUUGAAUACCUGAGGGGGACCCCAGCCUCGAAAAAUUGACUUGUCAUGAAAUCUAAAACAAAGUUGUGGAAAAUGAUCAGAAUCCAUCGGACUAAUAAAGUGAAUAUUCGUUUCAGUUUUAUGUACAGUCAUACACAAAUUUUCAUGGAUGCGUCGUAAUUAGGGAAAAAAAAUAGCUGGCCGUCGUUAUUAAGGAUACUUUUUUUUGAUCGAUCUUAGUUGUCUUCAUUUCAAGCUAUGUAUCUCGUGAUGAGAACAUUGAAUCUUCAUGAACCUUUAGAUAUAGGUAGAACUCGACUUGCUCUACAAAAUUGCCAGCGAGACCCUCCCUUGUUUUCCAAGUAGAAAAUGUGAAAAAACGUUUUUUCCAAAAAAAGAUACAUUUUUGCUUGAAUUUUCUUAGAACGUCGUUAUUUGGGAAAAAAUUUGGCUUGCCGUCGGAAUUAAGGAAACUGCACUAAAUAACGACGGAUGCAGUUCCCGAUCGUAGACCACUGAUAUCUCCACCGCAGUACGAUGUAGAGAGGCCGUGAUCAUACCAUUUGAAAGAGGAGACUCCAAGGAUUAUCCAAAUAUAAAAAUAUUUUCAGUCGAAUGUAAAAUGACUGAGAACGGAAUCAAACAAGAGAUGUGAAAAUUUUCCCGUCGUUAUUAGGGAAAUUGACUCUAUUUAAUUUGAAAAAGACAACGAUGAGUUGUAUUUGUCUUAAUAAUCGAUCAUAUUUGAUUCUCAUCUCAUUUUAUGGAUUUUUUCUUGUCUAAAGGCGGAAAAAUAGCUGUAAACUAUUAAAAAUAGUAAUAAUUCUUGUAGUAAACCAUUUUACAACAAACAAGUCUUUUAUUCUUUUGAGGAAAUGAUAAAGCAAAGUCAUUUUACUGAAAGAAAAUCAGCUUUCUAAAGUAAAAAAACGAUUAUGAAAAAGUGCAAACUUUUAUCGCUCACAAAUGUUCUUCAAAUAAAUUUUCCUUGUUGGGAAAAUGAAUGAAUGAAUUAAUUAUUAUGAAAUCGAGGUUUACUUCUGUGACGUCAUACUCAUUUGUCCCUGACUAAAUUCGUUUCUAAUUCAACGCAAAACUGGUGCAAGAAUUUUUUUAAUUCAAUAGUUCUCAUUUUCGCUCUUUGCAUAAAACGGUUUUAAGCAAUUUCGUUAAACGACAUACGUCAUUCUCAAUUCUACUAAUUCAGACUAGAAUAUCUACAAAGAUAUCACACUGUUCGAAGCUAUCUGCGUUUGCAAUCAUUCAAUAUGGUCUUACAUUAUGAGUAGAUAUACAUUCGAGAAAAUUUAUUCCAUUUUUCUAAACAAACAAUUUUUUAUGCGUCUGCUUGUAGCGCAUUCACUAACGACUACAUUUUUAUUCAUAGUUCAAGGUUAUAAUAUCUCAUUUAAGAAAAUAUAUGAAUGAAUAAAACUGUAAAAUAUAUUCGAAUCAAACUGAUGAUUCACUAUUCCUUUGUCCCCAUAAUGAGAAAACCUAAAUGAAAUAAUAAACGCUAUUCAAAUCUAAUUAAUUAAUUUUAUAAAAUCUGAAUCCUUGAAACCUUGAUUUUUUGCAUCUGAUUUAGUUAUGUUCAGCUUUGUCUAAAAGUGAAUUUUCUUUAAUAUAGUUUUCUGUUUCAAUUUAGUACCGCUACGCGGAUGUUCAGUUGACAUUCUUUCGAAUACGAAAUGGACAGACAGAGGCCUUACUGUUGCUGGGGGAAAUGGAAAAGGCAGAGGAUCCAAUCAAUUGAGUCAUCCAUACGGUUUAUUUGUCGACGAUCAUCAAACAAUCUAUGUUGCUGAUUGUGCGAAUCAUCGUAUUAUGGAAUGGAAAUAUGGUGCAGCGAAAGGUAAAAUGGUUGCUGGAGGAAACAGACAGGGAUCUGGAGCUCAUCAGUUAUAUUUUCCCAAUGAUGUUAUUAUCGAUAAAGAGAAAGAUUGUCUAAUCAUUUCCGACAGAGGAAACAGACGAGUAGUUCGGUGGCCUCGUCGACAUGAGGCUGUUGGAGAAACAAUCAUUUCAGAUAUUGAUUGUAUUGGUGUGACCAUGGACGAAAGUGGAGCUCUUUACGUUGCGGACCAUGGCAGACAUGAAGUGAGAAAAUAUGAAAUUGGUGACACUAAAGGAACGGUCAUUGCAGGUGGAAAUGGAAAAGGAGCAGAUCUCGAUCAGCUCUCUUCGCCAGGAUACAUAUUCGUCGAUCGAAAUCAUUCAGUAUAUGUAUCUGAAUGGGAUAAUAAUCGCGUGACGAAAUGGGAUGAAGGAGCAAAACAAGGUAUUAUCGUAGCAGGUGCUGAAGAACAAGGAAACAAUCUUACACAAUUGUCGCGUCCUCUAGGAGUUGUUGUCGACCAAAUGGGCACUGUCUUUGUGGCUGAUAAGUGUAAUAAUCGAAUUAUGCGUUGGUCGAAAGACGACACGCAGGGAUGUGUCAUUAUUGGCGAUAACGCUUGCCAAGCAUCUUCGAAUCAAUUAAGUGAACCCGAAGCUCUAUCUUUUGAUCAACAUGGCAACCUUUAUGUCGUCGAUAAAGGCAAUUUUCGAGUAAAAAAGUUUAAUAUUGCAUAA